UCGCUCUCACCACCCUGCGCUCUGAUUGGCUGCGCCCGCGCUUCGCUCCUCUCCGAUUGGACGCUGUUUGGCUGCCAGGCGGAGGGAGGAGGGAGGGGUUGGGUGUUGCCUCGGUGUGCGAGCUUCAUUCCAGUGUUGAGCUCUCUCCUGAACCGUCGCUUCGUCCUUCUGCUGCUCCUCUUGCUGUGCCUCUCUGCGCCGAACAGACCGAGUCCCGGAGCAUCAUGGGAGUGGAAGGCUGCACCAAAUGCAUCAAAUACCUGCUCUUCUUCUUCAACUUCAUCUUCUGGCUUACUGGAGGUGUAAUCCUGGGAGUGGCCCUGUGGUUGAGACACGACCCCAAGAUCUCCACCCUGCUGGGUCUCGAAUAUGAUGGAAACCACGCCCCCAGCACCUUCUACAUCAGUGUCCACAUUCUGAUCGCGGUCGGCGCGGUGAUGAUGGUGGUCGGCUUCCUCGGCUGUUACGGCGCCAUCCAGGAGUCGCAGUGCCUGCUGGGAACUUUCUUCGCCUGCCUCGUCAUCCUGUUCGCCUGUGAGGUUGCAGCUGGCAUCUGGGGCUACAUGAACAGGGACACGGUUACAAAGGAGAUGAAAAUCUUCUACGACAACGCCUACGACAGCGCAAUUAACAGCAAUAUGCAGGAAAAGAACAAUGCCGCCGCCGUUGUCCUGAAGGCCUUCCAUGAGACGCUGAGCUGCUGCGGUAAAGGCACAGGCACUAACCUCCUUACACAGCUCACAGACAUAACUGGAAUUACCAGUAUUUGCCCCAGUAAUACAUUCACGAGCUGCCACGACAGAAUCAACGAGCUGUUCCACGAUAAGAUUUACCUGAUCGGCAUCGCCGCGCUGGUGGUCGCCGUUAUUAUGAUCUUCGAGAUGAUCUUCAGCAUGGUGUUGUGCUGCGGGAUCCGCAACAGCCCCGUGUACUAAAGCGCCGGGGCUCCGGCCAAUGAACGAGGAGAGGACGACCUCGCCCUCUCCUUCGUUUGUUUGUUUUUUUUAUAACCAGGAAAUGCCACAUGUAUUGCUUGCUGGAUUUUAGUCAGCUGUUAAAGACAAUAUCCUGUUUUUCUUACACUGUCAAAGAUCAUUUUUUAUUGUUAUUUUGUUAGUCACAGAUGCUGUUAUGCAUAUUAGAGCAGUGUUUAAUGUAGAUAUGCUGUCACACACGGUCCAGGUGCUGUAAUCUGAUUAGUUUACUGCUGUCCUGCCUACGUCCACGCUCUCAUAUCGGCCUUUUCUGGAUGUUAUCCCCACGUUUUCUGUAUAAACUGUAUAUAAAUAUAUGUGGACAGUGCUUCAUGUCUGCCUGAGCAUGGAGGUUGUUUAUCAUGAGCUUUGUUCACAAACACUCUGUGGAUUGAUCCAGACUGAAGGCAUACAUGACCGGCGCGCUCUCUCACACACAGACACACACACACACAGACACACACACACAGACACACACACACACACACACACACACACAGACACACACACAGACACACACACACACACACACACCCCUCUGGUCAUACUGUGGGAUGUUGUCAGGAAAUGAAAUGUUUAAUCUGAAGCUGUAACCAAAGUCCGUGACCUCUGACCCCGUUUGCUUUCUUUCUGCGGUGGUAAACUAUGAUCGUCAUGUCAGAAUCAGAGCCUCAGAGUUUAAUGUUCGGCUCACUCCUGCAGUCGUGUACUGGUCACGUGUGUUUCCCAGCAAACCGGUUGUCCUGGUAGGCAGCUGGUUGUGUUUGCUCACAAAUAAAACUAUGGGCUGCUAAAAAGGAUUCAAAGCAGAAAUUUAAAAGCCCACAAAUAAUAAUUAAUGUUGCAUCUUAAAUUCAUGUCAUAUUUGGCACAUUUGAGUCAUUUUGUGCAUUUUGCCCUUAUUUUGAAAUCCCCGUACUUACAGCCCGUCCGGUUGAGCCUCGUCAGUCUAAUCUGACAUGUUUAUGUGGUCAUCGUCCCUCCACCUUCGUUAGCCGCGCACUAGCAGUUCAUCUGUUGUGUUGUCGUCAUGGUAACGAGCGUGGCUCUAUCGGCGCCGUCCGAGCUGACCCGUGCACGUGCAGAGCGCCUUCCGUCCCAACUGUUCCCGCCUCAUCGGCCGACCGCUAGCUGCACAGCCCCGCGGGCCUCUAACCUCUCCUUUAAAUCAUAGCGUCUCGUGUAACCCUCCAUAUAAUCGUAGCUUUUCUCAACCAAUUAAAACUUUGCCUUGUUAACUAAGUGGCGCUGGACAGUGCGACGUACAGCUCUGAUGUAUCGUACUAAUGAAAAUAAUGACGGCUGUAGAAACAGUGUAUGCCUUUCUUCUCUUUGUAUCGUAAUAUCUGUCUGGUACGUCAUCACAGGAGGAAGGGGAAGGUUUUGUGACAGCGCCGAUGAAGCGUUGAUGCUGCCUUUUGAAUAACCGCUGCAUAAAUCUCCUCUCUGCUCUGUAGACUUUGGUUUGCCCAAAUAUAAAGGGAAUAAAUGUAUUUUACAAAUAA